AUGCCAACGGACCAGCCGGUCAUUCCCGUGACGACCAACCCCUGGGGCAUGGAGUGGUCCGCCCACCGCCUCCCCAAGCGCCACCGCGACGAGGUCCAGGCCGUGUUCCCUGACAGGGACGUCACAGACGUGCUCGUGGUCCCGACCUGCCAGCACGCGGUCGUCGACCUCGUGGAGUUCGGGCCCGAGGCCGACGGCGAGAAGGACCGCCUCCUCGAGCGCUUCGCGCGCUGGGCGGCCGGCGUGUGCGCAAAGCUGCGCGCCGCCGGUCACUGGGCCGACUACAUCGACCCGUGCUCGGGCUACCCGAUGAUCGACCAGACGAACGCCGCGGUGUACCCUGAAGUUCAGGGCCUGUCGAGCCUCCUCGGGUACAGCGUGUCCAACGCCGGGUGCUGCAAGAUUGCGCUGCACCCAAAGUGGGGCUCCGCCGUGUACCCGGCGUCGAUGUUCACGGACGCGGACGCGGGCGAGCUGCGCCAGGCGAUCGCGCAGACGGAGGCGGAGCUGCAGGGCGAGAUGACGUAG